GAGAAACAGAGAGAAUGAUACGGAGCUGGGAGGGGGCAGAGAGAGAUUUUUAUUGGAAGCUGUUAAAGUGGUUGCUAUGAGACCUUCUCCAGCUACACAGGCACAGCAGCGAGUGCGAGACUGAUAAAUCGUACCUCUUGCAUUAUACCUUUCCUUUCUGCUGCCUUUUUUUUUUCCUCUAACGCAGCUUUUAUAGUUGUUUAAGAUCAGAGAAAGCACCUGCCAGUUGCUUUUUCUUCCCUUUUGCUCCCUUCUUCUGCCUCGUGCAAGAUGGAGCUAGAAAACGAAAUGAUCAGCUCCUCCAGCAAUUCUUCAUCAGGCUCCAGAGAGUACAAGGUGGUGAUGCUAGGAGCGGGGGGAGUUGGCAAAAGCGCAAUGACAAUGCAGUUCAUAAGUCAUCAGUUCCCUGACUAUCAUGAUCCAACUAUAGGUGCUAAUGAGGAAACAUACUCGCACCAUGAAAAACCGGCUGAUGCACUGGCAGAAUUCACAGCCAUGAGGGACCAGUACAUGCGAGGUGGAGAAGGCUUCAUUAUCUGCUAUUCCAUCACAGACCGCCAAUCCUUUCAAGAAGCUGCUGAGUUUAAGGAACUCAUUUAUCGUGUCCGGCACACCUAUGACAUCCCCUUGGUGCUGGUGGGAAACAAAAUAGAUCUUGAAGAAUUCAGGCAGGUCUCGACUGAAGAAGGAAUGAGCUUAGCCAGAGAGUACUCCUGCUCCUUUUUCGAGACUUCAGCUGCCCUCCGCUUCUACAUCGAUGAUGUCUUUCAUGGACUAGUGAGGGAAAUACGAAGGAAAGAGUUCUCACUGGUGGAGAAGAGGAUAAGGAGGAAGGAUAGUCUGUGGCGGAAACUGAAAGGAUCCCUGAAGAAAAAAAAGGGAAGUACAACCUGAUGGCAGUUCCCUGUGAGCCACCCAUCGGGAGCUGACCACAGUGACCCAGAACAGUUCAAAAAGGCAUCAUUGACAUAGCAUCUUCCAAAGUAGGUCCUGGAGCAUUUUCCCUUCAGCCUUCAUGCAGAUGUAGCUCCUUGAAGGCCCAAUUCAUGGUUGCCUGUGGCUCCUCUGUAUUAUAAAGUCACUUAGCAUACCCUUUCAUCUCUUCUCUGCAAAACUGAGUGAAGAAAAUGUGGUUUUUUACUUGUGAUCCCUGGCUGGUCUUCACAUGGUAGGAGUUAAGCUAGUGUACAAGGCAGGACCAGCUUCCACCAGCUCUAGGAGAAGGGGUUGCACUUACUGCCUCCUCUCUACAUGCUUUUCACUCUCCCAAAAAUUAAUAACAUUGAUUUCAGUGGACUUUUUGAGUAUUUAAGGACUUUAAGAGUUGACCUCCAGCUUUGCAUUCUAAUAUAGGUUUAGGGUUAGACUGUGCUCAGCCCAUGUCUUUGUGAAUGUGUAUGUGUAAAGCAGGCCCAGGGGAAUGCUAAUGGCUUCAGAUUUUUGCCCAGUAGAUCCCUAUGCUCAUUGUGUCCUUAUCAUUUAGCAUGAAGGGUUGGCAAGCAUAGCACAAGUAACACACACCAGCUGUCCAGAGGCUGCGGGGCUACUGCUCUGUCUCCUCUGCACAUUACUCACCAGGACUGGCUAGCAGAUGUGAAGAUGUCCUGGAGACAUGCAGUGCAUUAGAACCAUAGAAUAGUUUGGGUUGGAAGGGACUUUUAAAGGUCAUCUGGUCCAAACCUGUGCAGUCAGCAAGGACAUCAUUAACUAGAUCAGGUUGUCAGAGCUCUGUCCAGCCUGACCUUGAAUGUUCCCAGGGAUGGGCCAUCCACUGCCUCUCUGGGCAUCCUGUGCCAGUCCCUCACCAUUGGACACACUCCUACAUCCCACCAGGAGCACAAAAAAGCACUGUCUGAUUUUUCUCACAGCCUUUCCUAGAGCAAUGCAGCUUUGUCACAGAGUGUAAAAACAUUUGCGAUGUACCAUUCAGCCCUUGACUUACUCGAGAACUCCGUAAGGUCAGUUGCCAUCUUUCACAGCCCUUGACCGUCCAAGUGAAUCAUUUGGUUGAUCAGUUGGAUAGGUCUUUUAAAUAUUCCUUUUUUAAAGCUAGCAUGAAGUAUAGUCUCAUUGACCCAUUCUCUUCCCAAACUUAUUUUACUAUUCACUUUAUUUAUAGAUUUUACAAUUAAAACAUGCAUACAUUUUGUCAAGAAAUAAAGAUUGUGAUUUCCAUGAAA